GUGCAAUUUUAUUCACGAAUUUUCGUAGGUUUCGUUGGAAUUUUAGUGACUUUUUGAUGAAAACUCGAUAAACUACUUAUGUAAGGUUUGGUGUGCAAUGUUGAUUUGGCUUAAAAGUGUUCAUGUAAGUGAUGAUUUCUACGCUAAACCAGUUCAAAGGAGUUCAUUCAACUCGGAAGUAGGAAGUGAUGAAGUGGCAUGAAAACGCGAGGCACAGCAGUGAAUUGUUGAUGGGUUUUGUUUUGUGUAGCUUCCAAAUCUUGAAGUAAAAUAUUCCAAAUGCUUUACUAAGUUUGUAAAUGUCGUAAUACAAAUAAAGUUCAUUGAUUGACAUAAUAAGAGACAGAACUUACAGCUUUUGUGUGUGAUGGGUUUGUGCAAUGUAAUGUCAUCAAUAAUGUAAUGCAAUUUUAAUUGCACGAGGGUUGUGUCGUUGUAUCAGAAAGCAGUAUACGACCAUGCGUUUUGUCAUGAUGAUAUUCUAAGGGAUUCUUAAUGAAAAGUAUCAACAGUUGGAGUGUUUGAAUUUGGGUUAUUUUUACUGAAUGUUUUAAAACGGGAUAAGAUUUGUUUCAGUUGGUGGCGAUUAUUGCAUUUUGCGUUGCGUGAAGUGGUGUAAUCAAAGAAGGCCUGAUCAAUGUAUCAAAGUGUGUAAAAAAUUUGUGCCGGUUCAUUUCAAGUAAAUAAAAAUAAGUGUUAGGUUAGGGUCCGCUCGUUUCGUUUCAUUUUGGGGAAUUAUGUGCGUGUUUAGCCGAAGAAAUGUGGCCGGGUUUUGAGAGAGGAAGUGGUACAAAGGUUGACACCGCCAGCCACAGUCAACAGGAAACGCUGGCCGAUGUUGAGCACAUUUCGACCAUCGCAGGUUCGCUCGGAAGUAUAGGAACGAUUUCCCAGUGCGAAGAUGGGGAACCGGUUUACGAGACGGAUCACACUGAUCUCAACUCCGAAUAUGACGAGGCCGAAAUGCGCAAGGAGCUAAUGAAGGAUAAAUGGAGGCAACUGUUUGAUGCGUUCGAUCCGGAAGGUUUUGGGGAAAUUCCUGUGGACGAUUUCAUUGAGGCGCUCAAAUCUUCGGAAUUUCUCGCCAACGUACCACCCAACAAGCGGGACAUUCUGCAUGACCGUGCCCUGAAGGCUAAAUCUUCAAAGGCCGAGUCCAUUUCGUUCCAGGAUUUUGUAAAUGUGAUGAGCGGCAAACGGUCGCGUAGCUUCAAGUGUGCAGUACAUCAUCGCGAUCGUGAAGUUUGUUCGGAGAACGAUUUUCAUCUGAUAUUUGACGAUCCACCAUUAUUCAAGAGAAUGGUGCACGUAAUUGCAAUGGAAGUGCUCCCCGAAGAGCGGGAUCGAAAAUAUUAUGCAGACAAUUAUUCAUGCUGUCCGCCUCCAUUAUUUGUGAUAUUAGUUACAUUAGUCGAGCUGGGUUUCUUCACCUAUCACACGCUUACCUCUGGCAUUGCGGACCCGGCCGGACCGGUUCCCAUCGAUUCCAUGUUCAUCUAUCGGCCGGACAAGCGGCACGAAGUUUGGAGGUUCCUGUUCUACAUGGUUCUACACGCGGGGUGGUUUCAUCUUGGCUUCAACCUAGUCGUGCAACUGCUAGUUGGGUUACCAUUGGAAAUGGUACACGGAUCAACUAGGAUAGGUUGCGUCUAUCUGGCCGGAGUGCUUGCCGGUUCACUGGGUACCAGUGUGUUCGAUCCGGAAGUAUACCUAGUCGGUGCAAGUGGCGGAGUGUACGCUCUCCUGGCCGCCCAUCUAGCCAAUGUCAUGCUCAACUACCGGAACAUGCAGUACGGUAUCAUCCGGUUGUUCGCGAUAUUCCUGUUCGCAUCCUGCGACGUCGGAUUCGCGAUCUACUCCCGGUACGCGGUCGAGCCGGACAGUGGCGCCCCCUCGGUGUCGUACGUGGCCCAUCUGACGGGGGCACUGGCCGGCCUAACGAUCGGCCUGCUGGUGCUGAAAAACUUCGAGCAAAAACUGCACGAGCAGCUGCUGUGGUGGGUGGCGCUCGGGGUGUACGCGGCCUGUACCAUUUUUGCGGUAGUGUUCAACCUGCUCAACACCGUCACUGUCCAGAGGCUAGAGGAGGAAGGCGAGGAAGUAUUGAAGCAGCAUCUUUUCAACAAUUUUGGAUUUUAAACCGCCAGGAGCAAUCCUCGUGGCGCGCGAAACUCGGCAGAAUGCGUUCUAAACGCGUCCCUGUCUGUGACACCGUCGUUCAGGGACACCGCCUCAGAGUAUAAAAUUCGAAAGUUUGACGAAAACCUGCAGAAUUCGGUACGGUUCAAGCCGAAACCAUCGAGGCUGUCGCACCCGGAAUUGAAAGUAAGAGAGAGCCUCGGCAAAGUUGUGAUUUGUGUAUAGACUUAUAUGUAUAGUUAACGAUUAGAGAAAGAAAUAAGUUGAAUUCUUUGAAACAAAAGAAAAAAACCAGAGAAUUAUCGAAUGUAGAUAGAAGAGCUCAGUGACCUCGACAGUCCGAUCCAACUAACGCGGCCCCUCGUUUUGUUGGCGAACAGUGAUCGGACUAGUUAAGUGUAGAAUUUCCCAAACCGGAAUGAGAAUGAGAAAGUUUGGAAAGUCAGCAAUUGAUUUAGUUAUGUGACGUUCAUGCUAAGAAAUAUAGUACUAGCCGAUACGUAAAAAUCACUACCGUCAAUCGUUAAUGUGCUUCAAACUGGACUGAACUAAUACAUGAAUCCGAUCCAUUUUAAGAAAGAGAGAAAAAACUUGCACAUAAACUAAACUCAAUGCUGUCGAUGCCAAAUGUUUCGGUGUUUCAUUUCAAUCCCCUAGAUACCAAAGACUGUAAAUGACAUUUAAUCUCGAGUCGCAUGAUAAUAGGAAAACAAUGAUCCAAUAGAUAGCAAGAAAAAAAAACGUUCAAUUCCAACCCGGAAAACCACGAACAAUAACGUGUAAAUAUUUGCGAUGUUGUUUUUGUUUUCCUACCGCAACCUAACCGAUCCAAAUUAUUCUAAUUCAAACUUACUGAUUUAUCGAAGUAAAAAUCUUAGAAAAAAGUGCGUAAAUCCUACCAUGCGUUGCUAAUGAAAACAACAUUAACGAAAGCAUUAUUUCCGCAGCUUGUAUGUUCACUAUUAAUUUUACGAGAAUUCAAACAUCACUAUUGCUAAAGAAAAGGAGAAAUAAUUCUAGUCAAAUUUCGAUGAAACUGUAUCAAUAAUAAUUAUUAUUAUCUAAUUCGAGAUACCUUUUGCGGAUAGAACCGUGAGGUUCCGAAGGUGCUCUAGGAAAAGAGUUAAGAAAGAAAGAGAGAAAGAAAAAAAAACACUCAACAUAUUCAAGUCAUUAAUCACAAAGAACUAAGCGUUUAUUUAUUAUUAUUUUGUCUAAUAAACCAUAAUCGAUUCAAUUAUCAAGCCUGGAAACAGUGAAUUACGUCCCCGAAUUUCUCCUUCAACGUCGCCCUCGAUGCGAUCGAUUUCGAAGCGAAUCAUUAAAGGAUGAAAGCCCUGUUAUAACGAAUCAAAUCUGUUGAACAACAUUCUGAUUGUUUUUGUGUCUUAUUAUUAUUUUGUUUAUUUCUUAAAAACUAGGAAAGCCAAAGAAGAUUUAUUUAUUUUUAUUGCUUAAAUUAUUACGCCCACCAUCUCGUCUCACGCCUCACUCGGCUCUAGACAACUCAAUUGAUCCGUUUGCUUGGGAAAUGCGUUUGCUUUUUUUGUCGCCUUUAAGAAAAAAAAACCCUAAUUUUCCAGUACGAAAACAACAACAAAAUGCAACAAAUUCCGUAUGCGCCUUACCAAAUAGAAGUAAACCAAAAAUAAAAGAACUUUACCGUUAGCCGCCAUCCUUCCCUCGAGGGUAGCAAUCCUAAAUCGCCUUGCCUUGCCAGGUGUUCACACUGUAACAGUACAAAUUGCUGUAUAGAAGACAAGAAAUGAGAGAAAAAAACAUUCGGUUUCCGGAUCGGGCUAACGGGAAAAGGAAAACAACUCACAGACAGACACAUCCACUGCCAGUAUCAAAGAUACCAUUUUUAAUCAAAGUUAUACAAACUCACAUACAAGAGCAAUAAUAAUAAUAGUCCAUCCUGAAUAGAAUUACGAACGUGAACAACAUACGGAGAUACUGUAAGCAAUUCAUAACAAAAAAAAACUUUACAAAAGCAUUCGUUUUCUCAAGUGGCGAUUUGGAAGCAAGAAACAAGUGAAAUUAGAAAAUUACAACCACAGAAAAAAACACUGUAUGUGUAUAUUCGCAGCAGUGGGUGUCCUAAUCUCAAGCGCGAGACACGGAAUUAAAAACGAGAAGGGAAAAAGUGAGUAAAUCUUAUAGGAAAGUAUUUAUAAUAAAUUAUUGUAUGCAAAAACCAUAUAUUCUGAAAACAAAAACGGAGAAAAAAUCAAAAACCUAAAAAAUGAAUAAAAACGAAAGAAUUUACUAUUGAAA